GGGUCGUGUAAAUUCACGACGAAACAACGAUCUGCAGCAAAUAUGUCCCAUGAAAACAUUACGGAAGAGAAAAGCGUAAAUUGUAAAGGUUAUACCGAGCCUGUAGGUAAUAAAUGUUCCGACGAUAUGGAUCACGAUAAUCCGAUUACGGUAUUACGUAAAGAAAUACAAGAUUGGAGAAUCAACGAAAUAUUAACUGCUAGAACCGAAGAGAUACUUUCUCGAUCUCCAAGCGAACAACAUACUUAUAGUUAUGUCGCUUCCGGAGAAACAACGAAGAGACUACGAAGUCCUAACAAUCCUCUAAAAUCAUACAGAACAUGCAUUGACUUCCUAGCUGCAACAAGGAAGCACGAUGCUUUAGAAUAUUUGGAUUUGCGCAAGGAUCCUGUUCUUCCUACGUCCGCGCCUUGUCGCUCAAAAAUGCAUUCACAGUCCACGUGCGAUUGUUAUUGCAAAAGUCGGAUGCCAACAAAAUCCGAGAAGAAUCGUACCAAACUUCUAACGUCGAAAAGUUCCGUUUCUAGGACGGACACCGUCAGGAGCGCAAAAAAAAUUCCAACCACUCCAGCUACCGUUGUCGACGAAGAUCAGCCUGGCACUAAGAGAUCGACCAUAACGCCAUCGGUUUCUCCUGCCCUCAGUCCGGAAACAUCGGCGGUUCUCGAGGACGUGGAAAAAUUGGUAAAAGAUGCCCAGAUUCAAAUCAAGGGAAUAAACAUGGCCGUUAAUUCGAAUCGCGUUGAAAAAAACGUAAACGCAUAUCAGGACGAAGUAACUCUGGACGAUGAAAACGAUCAAUUGCUGUACGUUCGGGAGCGCGUGGCGCACAAAUUUCAAGAGGCAAACGGUUGGAUUUGCACGAAUUACGAUGAUUCGAAAACGCAAGAAGUUUUGAACGAAGGGAGACCACUCGUCAGACCUAAGAGAACCACGGACUACUCCGCACCAAAAUUCAAAAUGUCUGAGACAUAUUGUAAAGAAUUUUCGCCCUACGGAGCAUUAUUCGGAAAUCCAGGAUUCGCGACGCAAAUUGCGAACGACGUCGCUGAGAACGAUGACAAAGCUAAGAACCCUAACGGAUCGUCGUGCCGCGAGGCUGGAAAAAUUAAAAGGACGAGCACGUUUGCUGUUCAAGUUGGACCGUCGGUGAAUAUCCAGAGAGGUUUGAUAGCGCAAAAUUUGGAAAAUAUUCGGAUACCACCGGACCCGUUUUUCAUUCAAGAAAGCACGAACGUUGGAAUUUACAUGCUCUGUCACGAUCACUGGAAACAAAACGGCUGUUCAGCGCCCAAGGAGAAGUUCAUGAAGAUACCCGAGGAGCUUCGACGAAUCAAUGCAAGACCGACGAGCGACAAACAAGCAAGGAAGAACUCGAAACAGGUCAACGAAGAUGGAAAAAUCGUCGAUUCUGCGUCCACUUCGACGUCGAAGGAGAGGUCAGAAAUUUCAGAAGGAGACGACUACGAUUUAAUGAAAAAUAAUGGAACGUCGGCGAACUCGGAAAAAUUGGACGAAGUUAAGAAUGUGACGGCGGCUCUGGAGAACGAGAAAAGUUCGAACGACGUUGCUGUUGGUCUAGACGACGAAGAAUCGAAGAAAGAUCAAAAGGUGGAAUUAGUCGAAACUGUUAAAGAAGAAACAGAUAACUUAAGAAAAGCAAUUUCUGGAAUUAAGAACGACCUGAAGCAGGUACGAUUCGAGGAGGAAGUUUUAAAAGAAACGGAACACCCUGUGAAGGCUCAGAACUGCGAAACUACAAUGUUGGAGCAAGGCUUACAAAUACCGAAACACGUCGAAUCGGAAGAUCGCGAUGUAGAAGGAUUCAAUGAGCCUUCGACUUCGAAAGAAAUAAUUAGUAAAGAGACAGAAGAUAGUCGUAAGAAGACUUUUAAAAAGGAUGAACGCCACAAGAUUGUCGAUGAACGUUUUGCGAGCAUUCUCAGAAAAUAUCACGUUCAAGAAAUAGAUUCGACGAACGAUAGUUUGGUGUCCUUGAGUACAAAUUCUUCUGCAGAGGGUUUAAAAGAGUCAGAGGAUCUAGAUAAUUUAUAUUAUCCCUCCAUAGACAAGUUAGACAACGUUCUGACCGUGUAUGAUAAAAUAAUUAACGACGUUUCCCGAUCGACGAGAACCAUCGACAAAUUUCUAUCGCGACCCGAACUGGAGGAAUACUACAUUCAGGAGAAAUCAACGAUGGAAACUAGCGAGUCUCUUGAUUUCGAAAUAUCGAAAAGCAAAGUCGAGAAGACGAGCAGCGUCCAUUCUUCGAAAACUAAACCUAACCCAGACCCGAGAAGAAAGGAUCCAAUUAUCAAGGAACGACUGCCAGCUGCGAGUAAACGCGCAGGUAAAGAAUAUCGUCCGCACGGAGCUAAAAUUUUGAAACCUGCGUCGACGAGGAUGUCAAUGCGCGUCAGCAGAGAUCAAGAUUCGAGGAAAAAGUCUACCUCCUCGAGAAGCUUCAAAGUUCCAGUACGAAACGAGUCGAACGAGGAGAGUUCCGAGUCCAACGAGAGCGACGAAAGUAAUGAUAAAAUUGCGAGGCACGUCGAAGCGAAAAAAUCGUGUUUCAGUAACCAAAGCUCGAGUUUAACAGCUUCGUCGGGGAACCCCUUAUCCUCGAACACAAACGUACAAAGUUCUAACGACGCUGCAGCAUCGCAGACGAUUUCAAAGUCCAUCGUCGACGCCACUGAGGAUAGACGUUUGAGACCACGCGUAACCUCAACGCAAGAGAUUGAAAAGAUAAUUUUGCAGAAAGGCGGUUUCGAUGACAAGACGCUGUACGACGUAGUGUGCUCCGACAUCGUGAAGCGAGGUUUUCCUGAAUCAAGGGACCCGAGAAACAUGGCGGAACGUUUAAUCAAUUCCGCCUUAGAGGAAGAGACACGGUUCAUCGAAGACAAGAUUAAAAACGCUUUCGACGAAAACUGGAUCAAAAGCCUGUUGCAGCAUUUGCAAAACGAUGCACCGACUACUCAGGCGCAGAACUUAGAGCUGUUGAUCUCCGAAAAUGCGUCGGUAAACGACACAGUAUCGGCAAACAUCCACGCGGCUGAAACGGCACGCAUGAAGUCAGAAUUCGAGGAACGAAACGUGAAACUCGAGUGUCUUCGAACGGGUGAGAGAGAUAACAAUUCCAACGAAUUUGGCUGUAAAAAUGUUGGCCCGGAGCCUGACAGUAGUUCCAAAAGUCACUCCUCCGUAGUCGUCGAAGAAGCAUCGCACGCGAAUUUUGAAGGUUCUUCGGUCAAGGAAACAAGCAGAAUUGAAACCAAUGUCGAGUCGUUGAAGCAGAGUUCUAGGAAGAGUCCCCCCAUACACGUCGUUGAUGAACGAACUGAGAAUGAUGUAAAUGGAACAGUUAAAAGUAUGGAAGUCGUUGAAACGCAGAUCGUGAAUGAAAAUGCGAAUUCAUGGGCGGAACAAUCUAUUUUAGAACCCAUUGGCUCGUCAACGAUGCGUGAAAAUGUUAAAAGCAUGCCGUGCAAGGAUUCUAUUCUAAUUCCUGAAGUAAAAAUAGAAAAAUCGUUGGAAUUGCGUUUGAUUCAGGGUACAACAAAAAUCCCCGAGCAAUCGCUUGAUAACGUUACUCGUGUUUCGUCGGCCGACUCUUUGCGCGAUUGCGUAUCUCUUGAAUCCUCUCCGAGAAACGUUUCGAAAACUUUGUCCAAUAUGGCGGAACCCACGCGCGAAGAUAAUGAAAUUAAACUGUCGCAAACGAGUAACGCACACGACGGUGACCCCAACGAAAUAAUGAAUCAAAAAAGUUCGUACUGCGGUAAUAUAUUCACAAAGGAAAGAAUUUUAUCGGACUUGUACGACGAUGUGCACAAGAAACUUCUAUUUUCUACGAUGGAAACGAAUUAUUCGAGCGCGGUUGAUCAAAAUUAUAGAUUGUCCAACAGCGUAUCCGCAGUAAAAUCGAAUAAAAUUGAAACAUUUUCAUCCGACACAUCGCGUUCCGAAGGAGAGUUAUGUAUUCCGAGCUCCGGUUCUUAUUCUUUAGGCGAAGUUAAGAUAUUAAAUACAGACGGACGUGACAGUAACGUUACAAUUUUGAUCACAAAAGAAAUGUUGAAUUCCUGGAACGAAUCUUCGAAGUCCUUGAUACAAAGUAUGGGAGAAAUUUAAAGUUGCUGAUUUGACGGAAAACGCGCUAUCCAGAAUAUGUUAGCAUGAAGUAUAUUGUAAUUGCCAUUGCAACUGAAAAUGCAGCGACG